AUGGAGUACCGUUGUGAUAACAAAAAUGAUGACACUGAUAAAGGAGAUUCGGAUUCACUUUUUUCAAGUUCUUCUUCAUCUUCCAGAAAAAGUUCUAGAUAUAAAGAUCAGAAGCCAAUAAACGCAAAAGAUAUGCAACAAUAUCUCGGAAUUAUUCUGCAUAUGGGAUGUGUCAAAUUGCCUUCUAUUGACCACUACUGGGCUAAGAACAGUCUUUAUAGACUUCCAUUGUUUUCAAGAAUAAUGUCACAAAAUAAAUUUCAGCUAAUACUGCAUUUCUGGCAUUUUGUAAAAAAUGAAGAUUUAUGUAGUGGACAUUUGCAUAAGGUUAAGGUAAUUCUUGAUCACUUGAUUAAUAGAAUGGAUGAAAAAAUACCUGAUAAAAAUAUUUCAAUUGAUGAAUCGAUGAUGCUUUGGAGGGGACGUCUCAUAUUCAGGCAAAACAAUAAAAAGAAAAAGCAUAAGUAUGGGGUCAAAUUGUAUGAACUUUGGGAAUCUGAUAGUGUUGUAAUAAAAGUAAAAAUUUAUUCGGGAGAGGCAACUCUCAAUGAGCACUUGUUGGGUCAAAUGGGAGCUAUUGUUUUAGAUUUAAUAGAGAAUUUUCUAGGAAAAAGCUAUCACUUAAAAACAUAUAUAUGUGGUACAUUAAGAGGUGAUUGUAAAUCGAAUCCAAAAGAUUGUACAGCAGUUAAAUUAAAAAUGGGAGGCAUCGUGAGCCGAAGUAGAGAAGUUGAGAUUGUGGCUAAAUGGCAAAAUAUAAGAGGCGUUCUAAUGAUUAGCAACAUUCAUUUAUUAGCGAUGCACUUAAACGAAGAAACAUUGAUUCCUCCAGUCAACAACAACAAACUUGAUUACUUAGCUGCUAUACCGCAAAGUGAAGUGAAGAAAAUGCCAGCAAAACCUUGUCGUGUUUGUUCUAAAUGA